AUGCCAAUCCAAAACCCAACACUAACCGCCCUCCCCUCUCUCCUCCUCCCCAGCGACAUCUCCAUCUCACCUUCCGGAACACAAACGCUGUACACGCUCUCGACAUUCAGCAAAACUACGCGCCACGCAACCUCCUCCCUCUGGAUCGCCGACAUCGGCAAAGACCACUCCGCGCGCCAAAUAACAUCCGGCCUCUCUCGCGACGAGAAGCCGAAGUGGAGUCCUGAUGGACGGUAUAUUGCGUUCGUAUCGGAUCGCGCGGGGAAGGGAGGGAGGAGAGGGAUUUAUCUUUUGCCCAUUGGAGGGUUUGGGGAGGCGUUUGAGGUUAGUAACGGUGAGGGGGUGAAGGAGGGCCGGGGGCUUGAGUGGAGUUCUGAUGGGAGGUUUAUUGCGUUUGUGUCUGAGAGCGUGACUUCGACCGCGGCGGAGGAGUCUGGGGAUACCAGCGAUGACCCGAUUGUGUUUGGUGGAGAGGAUUCAGAGGGCACAUCGAAUGACCGACUGAAGGUGAUUGAUGUCGAGCGCAAGACCGUCUCGACCCUAUCGCAAGGAAACGAGAACGUCGAGCUCUUCUCAUUCAGCCCACGAACAAACGAGAUCGCGUACACGGUCUCCGAGACCGACUCCAACUCUAGCUCUGCGUUCAACAGCACGCGAAUCAAUAUCGUCGACGCAGAGCGAGGCAGCGCCUCGGGCCGAAACUUCAUCACGAUCAAGAGUCCCAUCACCUCGCUCGUCUGGAGCCAGGGCGAUAAGCUGCAUUUUAUUGCGCACUCAGCGCCACCAUACACCUCCCUCUCCGUGUACGAGGCGCGCAUUCGCACAAAGCAAUACGGAAGCUACUUCGGCUGGGACGGUGAAGCAGUGUCCCUCCAUAGAACCAGGGACUCUGUCGUCGCACGCGUGCAGAAUCCACACAGCGAGUCCGCGCACGCACUCGGUAUCGAGAGCGUCUCGUGGCCGUUCCCGAGCUUCUUCACGUCAGAGUACGAAAUCACCUCAUUCGACGCCUUCCGACACACAAACUCGGACGAUUUCACCCUUGUGGUCGCGCGGAGCAGUCCUUCCGUCGCGAACGAGGUAUACUCCGUAACCUGCAAGCAAGGUGGCGGAUACGGAUACGUGAAGCUCUCAUCGCAUAACGCGCGGUUUGACGGGUUCCGCUCGAAGCGUAUUUCCGCGACGGGUGCUGAUGGGUGGGAGUGUGAUGGGUGGCUGUUUACGCCGAAACCUGUAACCAUUACCCGCAGGCUUGCGCCGACCGUUGUGCUUGUGCAAAGUCAUCCGACGCUGCCUUCGUUCUCGAUGGGUCCGCAUCUUGAUGUCGCGCAUUUGACGGCCGCUGGGUAUGCGGUUCUCUGUCCGACGCUCCGGCCUACACCGGGCUCUGGCAGUGGGACGGGAAUCGGUGAUCGGUAUGCGGAUGUUAUUGCAAUUCUCAAGAAGGCUGUCGCGCAGGGUCUGGUUGAUGAGUCGCGAGUGACGAUUAGCGGGUGGUCCGAUGGCGGUUUCUUGUCUUCUCUCGCGGUCAUUCGGAACGAGUUCUCCUUCCGUGCUGUCGUUUGUGGUGGUGGUGUUGUGGAUUGGGACUUUGUCUCUGCGAACAGUGAUCCCUUCUGGCCAGGGCCGGAUGUCCCUGACUUUUCGCCAAGGAAAGGAGGAGAUGUAGGGCGCGGACGAGAGUCGGUGAGAGAUGUAGCAGGAUCAUCAGCAAAGAGCGAAAAGAGAAAGACGCCGUUGCUCAUCCUGCACGGGCGAGAUGACGAUGUUGUCCCGGUCUCUGGACCGCUGGCGUUCUGGCGCGAGAAACAGAGGUGGAAUGGACCCGUGCAGAUGGUGUUGUAUCCAAGCGAGAAGCAUGUGAUAAGGGAUAGUAAAAACUUGGUGGAUCUGUGGACGCGGGUGUUGCAAUUCUAUGACAAGCAUUUGGGUUGA